AUGCCCAACCCCAGGCCAGCCAAGCCCGUGGCCCCUUCCUUGGCCCUUGGUCCAUCCCCAGGAGUCUUACCAAGCUGGAAGACUGCACCCAAGGGCUCAGAACUCCUAGGGACCAGGGGUCCUGGGGGAACCUUCCAAGGCCGGGACCUGCGAGGUGGGGCCCACACUUCUUCCUCCUUAAACCCCCUGCCACCAUCACAGCUGCAGCUGCCUACAGUACCCCUAGUCAUGGUGGCACCCUCUGGGGCCCGACUAGGCCCCUCGCCCCACUUGCAGGCACUUCUCCAGGAUAGACCACACUUCAUGCAUCAGCUCUCCACUGUGGAUGCCCAUGCCCAGACCCCUUUGCUACAAGUGCGCCCACUGGACAACCCAGCUAUGAUCAGCCUCCCACCACCUUCUGCUGCCGCUGGGGUCUUCUCCCUCAAGGCCCGGCCUGGCCUGCCACCUGGGAUCAAUGUGGCCAGUCUGGAGUGGGUAUCCAGGGAGCCAGCUCUACUCUGCACCUUCCCACGCUCGGGUACACCCAGGAAAGAAAACAACCUUUUGGCUGCACCACAAGGAUCCUACCCACUGCUGGCCAACGGAGUCUGCAAGUGGCCUGGUUGUGAGAAGGUCUUCGAGGAGCCAGAAGAGUUUCUUAAGCACUGCCAAGCAGAUCACCUCCUGGAUGAGAAGGGCAAGGCACAGUGCCUCCUCCAGAGAGAAGUAGUGCAGUCUCUGGAGCAGCAGCUGGAGCUGGAAAAGGAAAAGCUGGGUGCUAUGCAAGCCCACCUGGCCGGAAAGAUGGCACUGUCAAAGGCUCCAGCUAUGGCCUCCAUGGACAAGAGCUCUUGCUGCAUUGUAGCCACCAGCACACAGGGCAGCGUUCUCCCAGCCUGGUCUAGUCCCCGGGAGGCUUCGGACAGCCUGUUUGCCGUGCGGAGGCACCUCUGGGGAAGCCAUGGAAACAGCACCUUUCCAGAGUUCUUCCACAACAUGGACUACUUCAAGUUCCAUAACAUGAGGCCCCCUUUCACUUAUGCCACCCUCAUCCGAUGGGCCAUCCUGGAAGCUCCAGAGAAGCAGAGGACACUCAAUGAAAUCUACCAUUGGUUUACACGCAUGUUCGCCUACUUCAGAAACCACCCGGCCACCUGGAAGAAUGCCAUCCGCCACAACCUGAGCUUGCACAAAUGCUUUGUGCGAGUGGAGAGUGAGAAGGGAGCAGUGUGGACCGUAGAUGAGUUUGAGUUUCGCAAGAAGAGGAGCCAACGCCCCAGCAAGUGCUCCAACCCUUGCCCUUGACCGUAAAACCAAGAAAAAAAAAGAUGGACAGGGGCCAAAACAUGAAACGGAGGCUGUGGAAGCAAGGAGGCAAGUCCUGGACAUAUCUAUAGAGCCCAGGCAAUGAUGUUUCCACUGUCUUGCCUGUCAGGGCCUCUGCUACCUAUCUAGCUGCCCUCCUGGAUCAUAACUUCUGCCUUGAGGCUGAGGGACAUCAAUCCCAGCCCAGCCCCUAACCUAUUCCCAAGAUGGGCUUUCCAGCCAACAGCCCUCACACCCAGCUAUACUUAAAGCCUGCCUUGGCCACUCCCAAGCGGGAAAAUGACACAGACAUACAGUCAUAAGCCUGUCCCUUGGACUCAACCCAAACCCUAUGACACAAAGAGCCUGCCUUGUACAUUCAUCUGCCCUCAAAGUUACAUUGCCCUGCAGUCUCACGUGACUGCAGUCCUACUGACUCAUACCAAAGCACUCGCCCACAACAUCUGGAACCAUGGGCAGUAUCACACAUGCGUAUACGUACAGAUCCUUGCACAACAGCAGCACUAGAACCUUCAGGAUUGCAUCCCAGGAAACCAUCCGGGCAUAACUGGUCAUACCCAGUCUCAUGCUAUGCCCCAAAAUAGCAACAGUCAGACACAGCUUGUCAGAACUCACACAUGCACACACAUACAGCUCCCUCCCCUGUU